AUGAGGCCAGGCACUAAACCAAAAAGAGGUUUUGAGAUUAUCAUUCCAGAAGGAUUAGCAGUUCACCAUGCCCUAAGAGGACCUGAAAAAUGUGGAAUCAUUGCACAAAAAGAUUACUUUCCUGGACAGACCAUUACCACUAUCAAGCCUUCUAUCCAAGUUCUCAAUUCCUUCAAGAGCUCUUAUACACAUGAGUAUCUUGGUAAUUCAUGUGCCAAUUGUUCCAAGAUCAUCCCAAAGGUGGUAUUUUCGAGUCAAUCUCAAAAGAAGGGCAUAUUAGGCGGUGAUUUGGAAAGAAGAAGCACUUCCGUGGGACCUUGUGCAAAGUGUCAUGUUGUUCAAUAUUGA